AUGGUCCUGGAUGACAGAUACGUUCCGUACAUGCAGAUGGCUGGUCUUUACCAUCUUGCAAGGCUGAACGAUAGAUGGUUCCGGUUGGACGAGGCCCUUGUCAGUGCGUUUGUUGAGCGAUGGCGUCCGAAGACUCACACGUUUCAUAUGCCGUUCGGAGAAUGCACGAUCACACUGCAGGACGUGGCAUACCAGCUGGGUUUGCCAGUGGACGGGCGUUACGUCAGCGGCUGCCUAUCAGAGUUCCAUAUAUACAUCGAGGGUGGCCGUCCAGCCUGGGUUUGGUUCGAGGAGUUGCUUGGAGUGGUACCUUCUCCUAGCCAGGUUCAGAAGUACGCGGUCAACUGCAGCUGGUUUCAGGAGACGUUUGGUGAGUGCCCGGAGGGAGCUGAUGAGGAUACUGUGCGUCGUUAUGCCCGUGCGUACAUCAUGAUGUUGUUGGGCACACAGCUUUUUGCGGACAAGUCGGGCAACCGGGUUCAGAUCAGAUGGCUUCCAUUUGUAGCUAGGCUGGAGGAGAUGGGGACCUACAGCUGGGGUUCUGCAGCACUGGCAUGGUUGUACCGGUGCAUGUGCCGUGUGGCGAACAGAAAUGUUAUCAAGCUAGCGGGCCCACUUCAGCUACUUCAGUCAUGGAUUUUCUGGCGAUUUCCUCGGUUUAGGCCUGCAGGAUUUGAGACGUUCAGCUGGCCAUUGGCCUCGAGGUGGUCAGGUUACAUCCCUUCCAGUAGCGAGAAGGGUCCUAGAGUUCAGACGUGGAAGCUCUGGAUAGACCGGUUGCAGGAUAGAGAGUUUACCUGGAUGCCGUACAGUAGCCCCGACGUACUUCAGGUCGUGCAUCCCGAGGUUUUGGAGCCUCGGCAUAUGGUGCUGUGGCGGUCUGUUACAUCCCUUAUCUACUUUGCCGUCAUAGAGUGGCAUCAAGUAGAUAGGGUUCUUCCGCAGUUUGGAGGGGUGCAGCCCCGUCCACAGGCCGCCCUGAACAUCGACUUUCUGAUGUUGAAGAACGGCAGAGGCGGCGAUCGAUGA